UAAAAUAAGCGGGGAUAAAAUAUUACGUGGCAGAAAGGCAGAAGAAUACCCUGUCAAAAUCUUGCUUUUUAUAUGCUCCAAUCCGUCGGACACUUCGAGGUCUUCUUUUGCAUGUAACAUCGCUGUGUUGCUCAAAUAACCCGAACAAGGCACACAAGCUGGAAGAAGAUAUCUAGAUAUAACCAGAAAGGCAAAAACACGAGCAUUUGAGUAAACUCUACCUAAAUCUGCAGAAGAAGGCAGAGAAGGAGGAGAGAACAUGGGCAGCCACAAAACAUUAGCCUCCCUCCAGAACCUGUUCGAGCAAGACAACGUUGUCUUCCCCAAUAAUGGCAUCAUCGCGUCUUCUUGCUCUCCGGGAGACGAAGAAAUCCUCUCUGUCAUCUCCUACUGCAAUUUCGUCUUCACCUUCACUGACCCCUCAGAAUCUCCAUCACAGCAAGACUUCAAGCGCCUCCAUCUCACCCGCCUCCUCACCAUCAUCAAGUCCUCCAAGAAGCCCCUCCCUGAGAAAUUCAUCUCCCCUCUGCUUUCCAUGGUGUCUCUGAAUCUCUUCCGUCCACUGCCUUCUUCUUGCACGUCCGACUUCCCCGAAGAAGAUGACCCCGCCUCUGCCUUUACACCCGCGUGGUCACACCUCCAAAUCGUAUACGAAAUCCUUCUAAGACUUGUCACCACCACAGAACUCAACGUACUAAGAAACCAUAUAGAUCGCUCUUUUCUUCUUAAGCUAUUGACACUAUUCCAUUCUGAAGAUAGGAGAGAACGCGAAAACUUGAAAAACGUGUACCACAAGAUGUAUACGAAACUCACCAGUGAACGUUCCUUUAUGAGGAAAUCCAUGAACGAUGUGCUGUUGAACUACGUGUUUGAGACGCAGAAGAAUUGUGGGAUUGGAGAGCUGCUUGAGAUAUGGGGAACAAUAAUUAAUGGGUUUACUGUGCCACUGAAGGAUGAGCACAAGUUGUUUCUGAUGAGAGUGCUGAUUCCUCUGCACAAGCCCAAGGGGGUACAGAUGUACCACAGGCAAUUGGCUUACUGCAUGGUGCAGUUUGUGCAGAAGGAGCCGAUGCUAGGAGGGGUUGUGGUUAGAGGACUCUUGAAAUAUUGGCCUGUUACAAAUUGCCAGAAAGAGCUCCUGCUGAUCGGAGAAUUGGAAGAUCUGGUGGACAAUCUGGACCCUGAUCAGUAUAGAAAGCUGGCUUUGCCCUUGUGCGCACAGAUCAUUAAAUGCAUCAACAGCUGGAAUUCUCAGGUAGCAGAACGUGCUCUGUAUGUAUGGAACAACGAGCAAUUUGUGAAAAUGGUGUCAACGGCAAUGGGGGAAGUGUUUCCGGUGAUAGUAGAAGGGAUCGAGAAGAACCUCAAGUGGCAUUGGAGCAAAAACGUUCGACAAUUAACAGUAAGUGUUAAGGUAAUGCUUGAAGAUAUGGACCCCGUUCUUUAUUCAAGGAGUCUCCAGGACCUGAAAGCUAUAGAAUUAGUUGCACAUGAAGAAGAUAUCAAGAGAAAGCAGAGAUGGGAAAAAAUUGAAUUGCUAGCAACCCAGAACCAGUUCAUUAGCCCCCGACCUUGUAUCUGUGUCUCCAAUUGAAAACUUGUUUCUAAUUAUUCAUCAUAUGUCGGCUACUAAAAAAAUAUCUUUAUAUAAACAUCUGUUUAUGACAGAUGUGUCUGUGUAGAUGUGAUAAUUGGGCAAGAAAUUUUUACCAUCUUGGUGAGAGAAAUUUUUGCUCAAGACUGUUGAGAAAACCAAAGGAUAUAAAAUUGCCGUUGAAGCAGUUAACUUUA